AUGGAGGACAUCGAGGAUCUGGUGGCCGGAGGAGGCGGCGGAGGAGGAGCUCCUCCCGGUUUCCGGCUUCCGCUGACGGCGGUCGGGGUAAAACCUAAGCGGAGGGGCCGCAGUAGGCCGGAUACGUCGGGGGACGAGAAGCGCUCUCUGGUCAAAGAUUCAGUCGCGGCCCGCCCUUCCAACGUGCCCGGCACUCAGACAAUAUAUAUCAAGACUUUCGGAUGCUCCCACAAUCAGAGUGACAGUGAAUAUAUGGCCGGUCAGCUGUCAGCAUUUGGAUAUUGUUUAAGUGACAAUCCUGAGGAAGCAGAUCUCUGGCUGAUAAAUACAUGCACAGUCAAAUCACCAAGUCAGUCUGCAAUGGAAACUCUGAUAACAAAAUGUAAAAGUGCAAAGCGGCCACUGGUGGUGGCAGGCUGUGUGCCUCAAGGAAGUCGUGAUUUAAAAGAACUUGAAGGUGUGAGUAUAGUUGGCGUCCAACAAAUUGACAGGGUUGUCGAGGUUGUAGAAGAGACUCUCAAGGGGCAUGAGGUGCGGCUUUUGCACCGUAAGAGAUUGCCAACACUUGACCUUCCAAAGGUGAGGAAAAACAAGUUUAUCGAGAUUCUUCCAAUAAAUGUUGGUUGUUUAGGUGCCUGCACUUACUGUAAAACAAAGCAUGCUCGUGGUCAUUUGGGGAGUUAUACGAUUGAUGGCCUUGUGGGACGGGUAAAAACUGUCAUUGCUGAUGGAGUUAGAGAAAUAUGGUUGAGCAGUGAAGAUACUGGGGCAUAUGGUCGUGAUAUUGGAGUUAAUCUUCCCACUUUACUGAAAGCCAUUGUAACUGUACUUCCACCUGACGGAAGCACCAUGCUUCGGGUUGGGAUGACGAAUCCACCUUUUAUUCUUGAGCAUUUACAAGAGAUAGCAGAAGUUCUGCGUCAUCCAUGUGUGUACUCUUUCCUGCAUGUGCCAGUCCAAUCAGGGAGUGAUGCUGUCCUUACUGCUAUGAACCGAGAAUACACUGUGAGUGAGUUCAGGACAGUGGUAGAUACCUUAACUGAACUUGUGCCAGGGAUGCAGAUUGCGACUGAUAUCAUAUGUGGAUUUCCUGGUGAAACCGAUAAAGAUUUUUCGGAAACAAUCAGUCUUGUCAAGGAGUACAAGUUCCCUCAAGUUCAUAUAUCACAGUUUUACCCUCGACCAGGAACGCCUGCUGCAAGGAUGAAGAAGGUACCUAGUACUGUUGUGAAGCAACGGAGCCGUGAACUGACUUCUGUUUUUGAAGCUUUUACACCUUACAGUGGCAUGGAGGGGAGAGUGGAGAGAAUAUGGAUAACUGAGAUUGCAACAGAUGGCAUUCAUUUGGUUGGCCAUACAGAGGGCUACAUACAAGUACUCGUGGUUGCUCCAGAUAGCAUGCUGGGCACAUCAGCCAUUGUGAAGAUAACAUCGGUAGGAAGGUGGUCGGUUUUUGGAGAAGUGAUUGAGGCUCUGAACUGUGUCAAUCAAGAGACAGCUUCAACCAACAAAAAUUGGCAGGAUGAAGCCUCUGCCUGCUCCACCACUUGUGAUGCAUCUUCCUGUUCAAAAGAGGCUGAUCCUUGUGCUUGUGGCGCACAAAGUUGUUGUGAACAGAAAACUGCGGAGGAAGCUGCUCUUUCUAGGAACGACAUACGGGAAGAUAAAAAUACUAGUUUAAUUGGAUGGCUUUUGAGGAAAAGAAGGAAUCGUGUGAAGAAAAGAGAAGAAAGCGAAAUUGUCUCUGGACAUAAUUCAAGCCAAGAAUUGGUCAGUAAAAGAAGGGCUGAAUGGGGUGGCAUUGAUAGAGCUCUUUUGGGUGGAAUGUUGGUGAGCUUAAUAACAAUUGUUGCUCUAGUAAUGCAUCUUGGAGCCAGAGCUUAGACAUAGAUUAAAGUACAUUGGUUUUCACUUUACCAAUUUCAUAUUUGUGUCCAUUGCAGAUUUUGCAGUUUAGGGUUCUCGUAAGAGAUCAAGAUUGACACAUGAUGAUGGAUUAUUCAUGAUAAUUUGUUAUGUUGUAUUAACGUUAUAACAGAUGUCCUAUUUUUUGGCUUCC